AUGAAGCAACAUCUUGAUGGAUCAAAAGGCAAUGUUGAUUCAUGCAAGCGAGUACCUUCAGAUGUUUGGUUUUUGAUACAAGGAUCAUUGAAAGAAAAUGUUCAAAAGGCCAAAGAGAAGAAAGGAUGUUUUGAUAAACUUGAAGGUGAUGAUGUUGAAGACACUUCUUGUCAAGUAGGCAAAAGUAGUAAUUGUGUGAGUGCAAAUCCCAAAGGUAAAAGAAAAGCUUCUUCUGGCAUUGAAUCAUAUUUUACACAUGGAAUUGCCGAUCCUACCCAACCAAGUAUAAAAGCUUCUUUGCAAAGUAAGGAGAAAUGGCAUGAUACUGAUAUGUCAAUUGCGAUGUGGUUCUAUCAUGCAUGCAUUCCACUAAAUGCUAUUAAUUCUCCUUUUUUUCAAGUUGCAAUUAGCAAGAUAGCAAGUAUGGACCAUGGUUAUACUGGUCCUAGUUAUCAUGCAUUAAGAGUUAAUUUGUUAAGAGAUUGCAAGCAACAAGUAAAGUUGACUAUUGAUAGUUUUCAAAAAACUUGGGCUGAAACAGGAUGCACAAUCAUGGGUGAUGGAUGGACAGAUUCUAGACAAAGAUCUUUGAUCAAUUUUCUAGUAUAUUCUCCUAAAGGGAUAUCAUUUAUUAAGUCAGUUGAUGCUUCAGGGUUUAUUACAAGUGCAGAGACAUUGUGCAAUCUCUUUUCUGAAAUUAUUGAAAUAGUUGGUGCUAAAAAUGUAGUUCAUAUGGUGACAGAUAAUGGAGCAAAUUACAAGGCUGCUGGAAGGAAGAUUACAGAGAAGUAUGUUAAUAUUUAUUGGUCUCCAUGUGCCGCUCAUUCUAUAAAUUUGAUUAUGAAAGAUAUUUCUGAAAUGCCUACUGUUCAUAGCUUGGCCAUUCUUGCUUCAAAGAUAACGGUUUUCAUCUACAAUCAUAAAUGGGUUUUGAAUUGGUUGAGAAACCAACCAAAUUGGACAGAAAUUAUUCGUCCAGGAGUUACUCGCUUUGCCACUACUUUUAUUGCAUUGAAGAGUGGCAAUGAAGAUGAUAUGGUGGUCAUUGAGGAUGGUGAUAAUACAAUGGGUGGUGUCCAAGGAAUGACUACCAAUGAGUUGGAUGAAGAAAAUUGGCUUGCAUGA